AUGGCUACAUAUUCGAUAUCACAAAUCUACAAGCUGCUCGCCUUCGCAGUUGGCGUUCAAUCCCACCUGCAUAUCAGCUAUCCAGGCCGGCGCGGUGAUAGCCUCGUGAGAAACGGAACAGUUGCGGAGACGAACGGCCUCUCGAUCGGAUUAGAGAAUGGAACCGACAGCCCGAUAUUCCCAUACGGCAUGCAAUGGCAAUAUCCCUGUGGAGGAUUGCCAGUUGGUCAGAAUCGGACCUCUUGGCCAAUGAGCGGUGGCGCUCUGGCCUUCCAGCCUGGACUACAGGCUGGGCAUUCCAAAGCCCUGAUAUACAUAAAUCUUGGACUAGGCACGACCCCGGCGAACUACAGCCAAGUCAUGGUACCCGUUUUCAAUAUCGACGGACCUACGAAUGCCGAAUACCAGGACGGGAUAUGCUUGGCGAAUGUACCGCUUCCGGCCGGCGUAACUGUCAGUCCAGGUGAUAAUGCCACCAUUCAGAUUGUGGAAGCAGCGAAGCAUGGGGCGGCCUUGUACAGUUGUGUUGAUAUCACCUUCGUUGAAACGUCAGAAGGUGCCCCUCUUAGUAGUGAUGGCUGUACCAACUCGUCCUCUAUAAGUUUUAGUGCAGUUUCCACGGGCGGUGGCUCAAGGUGGGGAUGGUAUAGUGCCGGACAGAUGAUCGGACUCGGUCUUGGAGUCGGUCUUCCGCUCCUGAUUGUGGUUUCUCUUCUGUCAUAUUUCUUGUGGAAAGCAAGGAAAGAGCUGAAAGCUAGUGGCGAAAGGGUGGGCUAUGAUAAGGUUCGUGCAUACAUCCAGGAGUGA